GCAGUGAAGAUGGCAUCGGGCAGUGGGACAAAAAACUUGGACUUCCGCCGAUAGCGGGACAAAGAUGAAUAUGAGAAGCUCGCCGAGAAGAGGCUCAUGGAAGAGAGAGAAAAGAAGGAUGGAAAACCAGUGCAGCCAGUCAAGCGAGAGCUUCUCCGGCAUAGGGACUACAAGGUGGACCUGGAAUCCAAACUUGGGAAGACAGUCGUCAUUACGAAGACCACCCCACAGUCUGAGAUGGGAGGAUACUAUUGCAAUGUCUGUGACUGUGUGGUGAAAGACUCCAUCAACUUCCUGGAUCACAUUAAUGGAAAGAAACAUCAGCGAAACCUGGGCAUAGACAUGCGUGUGGAACGUUCCACUUCGGAUCAGGUGAAGAAACGUUUUGAAGUCAACAAGAAGAAGAUGGAAGAGAAGCAGAAGGAUUAUGAUUUUGAGGAAAGGAUGAAGGAACUCAGAGAAGAGGAGGAAAAGGCCAAAGCCUACAAGAAAGAGAAACAGAAGGAGAAGAAAAGGAGGGCUGAGGAGGACUUGACAUUUGAGGAGGAGGAUGAGAUGGCAGCUGUGAUGGGCUUCUCUGGCUUUGGUUCCACGAAGAAGAGUGACUGAGGCUUUCUAUGCUUGGCUUUUUGCCAGGCCUAACUUUGUGUGUGGGGGCAUCCUCUUUUGGGAGGUACUGGGGAAAGUCCUUAAGAGUGGCAGUG